AUGGAUAUCUUUAGAGUACUAAGCCGGGGAACUUCUUUGAAUAAAGCAAAGGCUCUGGGAGCUGGGUACGGCUCGUCAAAGCCAAACAACGCGGGCUCAAACUCCAGCCGGAAGCAAGAGUCGGUGAUGCAGGAAAUUGAAAAGGAAACAGAUUUCUUUCGAACUAAACAUCACCGCAAACCGGAGCACAGCAUGGUGGUUGGUAAGGAACUGAGGGAAGAAAAAGAAGAGGAAGAGGAAGUUCUUGCUGAAGAGGUGCCUCCUUUGACACUAGAAUCCGGUGAAGAUGCAAGAAAGUUUAGAAACCUGCACAAGUCCAAAGUCAGUGGCGAUGACAUACCCAUUCCGAUUGGUUCUUUUCAGGACAUGAUUGGAAGGUUCCAGAUUGACAAGCAAGUGCUAUCGAAUCUCAUCGACGCUGAGUUUGUCGAACCCACCCCAAUCCAGUGUGAAGGUAUACCAAUCACUCUUGCCGGCCGUGAUCUCAUAGCUUGUGCACCAACCGGUUCCGGAAAAACAUUGGCAUUUUUGAUCCCUUUGAUUCAAGAAAUUCUCCACAAGCAAGUUUCGAAAAACUACGGGAUCCGUGGCUUGAUCAUUUCCCCGACAAACGAAUUGGCAGUACAGAGUUUCCAGCAAUUGGAGACUUUGAUCAAGGGCAAAAAAUUGAAUAUUGCCAUAUUAUCAAAGCAGCUCGCGAACAAAAUCAACAACGAUAUCAUCAAGUCUUCGAAAUACGACAUCAUUGUCUCAACGCCCUUGCGUUUGAUUGAGCUCGUCAAGGCUGACAAGAUCAAUCUCUCGAAAGUCGAGCACUUGGUCAUUGAUGAAGCCGACAAGUUGUUCGACCACGGAUUCUCAGAACAGACGGACGAGAUCCUCACUCACUGCACAAACUCGAAAUUGCAGAAAUCGAUGUUUUCCGCCACUAUACCAUCGGGGGUCGAAGAGAUGGCGCAUUCAAUCAUGAAGGACCCCAUCCGAGUCAUCAUCGGUCACAAGGAAGCUGCCAGUAGCACCAUAGAUCAAAAACUAGUCUUUACAGGUAACGAAGAAGGCAAGCUCUUGGCCAUCCGGCAAAUGAUCCAAAACGGAGAGUUCAAGCCUCCCAUCAUCAUUUUCUUGCAGUCUAUAACGCGAGCAAAGGCCUUGUUCCACGAGUUGGUCUAUGACAAACUCAAUGUCGACGUUAUCCACGCUGAACGCACGCCGAAGCAAAGAGACGAAGUGAUCAAGCGCUUCAAGAAUGGCGAUAUCUGGGUUCUCAUCACCACCGAUGUCCUUGCGCGAGGCGUCGAUUUCAAGGGAGUCAACAUGGUCAUCAACUAUGACGUGCCCCAAAGUGCCCAAACCUACGUGCACCGAAUCGGCAGAACUGGUAGAGGCCAGAGGUCCGGUAAAGCGGUGACUUUUUUCACGAAAGAAGACGAUAAAGCCGUCAAGCCCAUCAUCAACGUGAUGAAACAAUCGGGCUGUGGAGCUAGUCUCAGCGACUGGAUGGAGGAUUUGGGGAAAUUGUCAAAACGGGAGAAAAAAUCCAUCAAAACUCACGAAAUAGAGCGGAAAAAGAUUAGUACCGUGCCCAAGGUGGUGAAGCAGAAACGGAAGCAAAAACUGGAUAUGAUUGAAGCGUCCAAACGAAGAAAACACGAAGCUUCUUCGACUUGA